AUGAAAAUCCCAGAAGUCUAAAGCUCAGAAAAUACUUGCUAAAGGAUCAAGAAAUCUAUAUGGUAGCAGAAUGGAUAGUCAAUUAAAAAUGAAUCUACUGCUUAAUUUUUAGUUUAGAGAGGAAUUUUGUCUUAGAGAACAUUAAAAGUAGAUAAGACUAGGAUAUUUAGACCUAGUAACACCUUAUAUAGAAUGUAAACAAGAUCCUAAAAUUCCUGUUAAGAAAACUAAGCUCCAUAAGAUGAAAAUAAAAAAAAUUUAUCAAAGGAAAACUCAUUAAAGCAAACUUAAAAGAAUAAAGGGAAUAAAGAAAAUAUAAUUUGCGUGAUUGGUUAGCUCGAAUCCUACGAAAAGAUAAAAAUAAACUCUUCUACUAAAAUAUUUAACACAAAUAGUCAAAGAUAUGACAUAGAAAUUGAGGAUAGCGAAUAGCAACAAAAAAAAAUCAUUAAAAGCUAAGAAAAUAUUAACUAAUAAUUGAAUAGGGUUCCUCUGUAAGAGAUAAACUCUAACUGCAACAAGACCUCAUAAUAUCAAUAAAUAAAACCAAUUUAAUCUAAUAAUAUUCUUAGUAAUUUAAUGGAUGCUAGUAUGGUAAAGAUAGAGGAAGAAGACUUACAAGAUGAAAAUGAAGACGACAAGAACGAAAGAAUUUUGCAAGAGAAAUUUAACCAAAAAAACAAAACUCUAGAAAGCUCUCUAAAUACAUCUAUAGCAAGCACUAAUCUUAGCUCUUCUACAAAUUCUUUAGUGCAAAACUUAGGUAGCAAUAUUAACAAAAAGUAAAUGAGCAUCUAAAACACAGAAAAGAACGAAAAUGUUGAAAGUUCAUUUAAAAAGUCACCUCUAAUCAGUUAAUUUUAACUGAAUGAUUACUUAGAUGGAUAUAAAGUAUACAAAAAAGGUGAAAAACUCUUCACUUUUAAAAUUUUCAAAGAGGAUUUCUUAAAAAUCCCCAACUAAUUCUCCAAAGUUAUUACUCAUUCUCAAGACGAUGAUGUUAGCAGCGAUGAAGACGUUGUGAAAGGUGGAAUCAAAUUUAAUUACAAAUCUAUCUUAAAAGAGAUAUAUACUGAAGCACAAUAUUUAAAUGCCCCAUAACUUGUUUUAUCAAAUAAGCUCUUUGCUUGA